CUAUAGAUUCUCCAUUUCAUGGUCAAGGAUUCUACCAAACGGAUCACUGAAAGGUGGCAUUAAUCAAGAAGGAAUCAACUACUACAACAAUCUCAUUGAUGAAUUAAUCAAAAAUGACAUCACACCUUAUGUCACUAUGUUCCAUUGGGAUGUCCCUCAAGCUCUUGAGGAUGCAUACGGAGGCUUUCUCAAUAAAAAGAUAAUGUUUGAUUUUAAGGACUAUUGUGAAAUUUGUUUCAAAAAUUUCGGAAACCGAGUUAAGCAUUGGAUCACUUUGAAUGAACCAUGGACUUUCAGUAGCAUGGGAUAUCGUUUUGGACAGCACGCGCCCGGACGGUGCUCAAUCGCCGAGCCUUACAUUGUCACACAUAAUUUACUGCUCGCUCACGGAGCUGCCGCUAGACUUUACAAAGACGAGUAUCAGGGAACGCAAGGAGGACAAGUCGGGAUAACUUUGGUUUGCAUGUGGUAUCAACCUUAUGACCAAACACACAGACAUGUUGAGGCGGCAAGCCGAGCUUUGGAUUUCACGCUUGCAUGGUACUUGGAACCAUUGAUGCAUGGAGAUUAUCCAUUUAACAUGAGGGUUAUAGUGGGGGAUAGACUGCCUACUUUCAGUGAAGAAGAAGCAGAUAUGAUUAAAGGAUCAUAUGAUUUCAUCGGUAUCAAUUACUAUACUGCGAGAUAUGCUCGUGAAAUACGGUAUUCUCAAGCACCUCCUUCCCUCUACAUGGAUGACUCAUAUGCCGAAUCAUUAGCAAAAAAAGAUGAGGUUCCUAUCGGUGAAUCGAAUGGAAGCUGGAUUAAUGUGUAUCCGAGAGGACUCAGAUACCUACUGUUACAUAUAAAGAGCCAAUAUGAAAACCCGGCAAUCUACAUUACUGAGAAUGGAAUUAGCAAUGUUGACAAGUCUGACAUACCCAAGGAGGAGGAAGCUCUGGCUGAUGAAAUGAGAAAGAACUACCUUGCAGCUCAUCUAGCUCAAAUUUGUGAAGCCAUAAGGGAGGGAGCAAAUGUGAAGGGAUACUUUGCAUGGUCUCUAAUGGACAACUAUGAAUGGCAGAAAGGUUACACGGAGAGGUUUGGGCUCAAUUAUGUGGACUAUAACACUUUGGAACGCACACCAAAAGACUCUGCAAAAUGGUUCUCUAAAUUCCUGCAGCCAAAGCCUCAAAACUAGCUUCCAUUAAUUACUACUAAUGUAAUAAUGGAUGCAUGUUGUACUAUCUUUGUGUCUCUUCUUAAUGCACUGGUUAUGCUGUUUGUUUCUUCAAAAUGAAUGGACUAUCCUUGUAUCAGUAUUAUUAAUAAUAAAAUAAAUUUGCUUGCUUUCCUUUGACA